GCAUCCGCUCCUCUGAGAGCAGUGUGACACCAGUGAUGUGUUAACAGAGAUCAGAUGGAUUAGUAUCAUCUCUCUGGAUUCCCGUCAUGAGAAUAUGAUGACUUUCAGAAAGCCUCUCUCUCAUAAACACUUGAGCGGCUACAUGCGCGUCAGGAGCCGCAGGGGAAACUGGCUCGCGGUGGUUCUGCUCCGAGUAUCUCGCCGGGAUCUGUUCUUCUGUCUGACCGCUCUCCUCAUAUUCUGCCUGGGCUCUGUGUUCUAUCAGUUAAACGGAGGAGCACCAAAAGCCGUGCUGGAUGUGGGUUAUUAUCUCGGGAGAUUUGCUGAUGGCCAUGGACCUUUAGCACCCAGAGCUCUACCGUUCCCAAGUCAGGUUGUGUAUAACAGGGUGGGUAAGUGUGGCAGUCGCACUAUAGUUCUGUUGCUGCGCAUGCUGGUGGACAGACAUCGGUUCACUCUCAUCUCCUCUGAUAUUCACAACAAGACCAGACUCACCAAACGUGAACAGGAAAAUCUGAUUAGAAACAUCAGCACAACUCCUCAGCCAUUUAUUUAUACCCGACAUGUGCAUUUUCUCAAUUUUAGCAGGUUCAGAAUGGAUGAGCCCGUGCACAUUAAUAUCAUCAGAGAUCCCAUCAACCGAUUCCUGUCCAACUAUUUCUUCCGGCGCUUCGGCGACUGGAGGGGGAAAGAGAAUCACGUCGUCCGGACCCCUGGGAUGAAAGACGACGAGAGAUACUUAGACAUCAACACAUGCAUCUUGGAAAGCUACCCAGAAUGCUCCAACCCCCGGCUCUUCUACAUUAUCCCAUAUUUCUGUGGGCAGCUUCCUCAGUGCAGAGAGCCGGGUGUGUGGGCGCUGGAGACGGCCAAGCAGAACGUUCUGGAUCAUUAUCUGCUGGUAGGAGUGUUGGAGGAACUUGAGGAUGUGCUGCUUCUGCUGGAGAGACUCCUUCCACACUUCUUCUCUGACGUCUUGAACAUCUACAAAAGUCCAGAAUACAGGAAGCUGGGGAACAUGACGGGCACCGUCCACAAACAGACUCCUAAUCUAGAGGCCCUGCAGGUGCUUUAUGAGCGCAUGGAGUACGAGUACAAAUUCUACAACUUUGUCAAAGCUCAGUUCCACCUCACCAAGAGGAAGAUCGGCCUGAGAUCUGGCCCAAAACCCUCCAGACCUUAUUCUAGUGUGUUUCAGAGGAAAGACCUACAGGAGGAGCUGGAGGAAGAGGACACAGAAGACUCGCUCGAGUGGACUGAACACACCUGAGACAGAUGUCUGCUAGAGUCUAAAAUAAAUGAUCAUUCAGGUCCUACUGAACCAUAAA